CGGGAAAGCACAGAAGCCACAGCACACACGUGGUUGUAGGAACGAGCUGUUGAUGGGUUGAUAGUUGAAACUGCGCAUUGCUGUUUAUGGAAUAGAGGGCGUUUUUACAUGUAGUUGAAUUUGUUUCUUUGGACAAGUUUACUUACAAAUCUAGCCAUAUAUUGGUAUCCGUCUAAUUGGACCUCUUAGACGUCCAGAUUGCGGCUUCAUUGAAUCGAGGAGUCAUCGGAAAGUCUACAGGCUUCAAGAUAAACAUGGCCAAAAAUAAACAGAGAGUUAAAAAACAGCAAAAUGUGUUUCAGGUUGCGAACAAACAGUCAAAACCCAAGACCAAAGCGAAACCUGUCAAGACCUCUCUGAAACAUAUAAACACUGUGAGGAAUGAAAAAGUGGAGAGCUUAAAUCAAAUGUUCACAGAAGUACAGCAAGAUGUAAGAAAUAUAUCAAAACCCGCGACUAGUGAAUCCAAAAAAGGACAGAAGGUGGUCAGAGAAGCUCCCCUGGAAGCUGUCAAUGUGGAUGGCGCUGCGCAGCUUUUCUCUCAACUCUAGAAAAACAUUUUUACAUUCAAAAAAUGGACUCUGGACUAAUAGGAGAAACUUUAUACCAUAUAAAUCUAAUAAUAAAAACAGUCCAUCAUGCCUUCAA